GAAACACAGGGCUCAUCAAACAUUUCAUGCUCAAAUAAACAGACCUUAGCUAUAUAUCUACUUCUACCUUAUGAAGAAGAGCGAGGAAGAGAAAAAGAAGGAAAGCAAAAGAGUGGUUUUAGGUUAUAGUAUGGAUUAUAUUCCUCCAGUGUUUCCAUUUGACCAAAUUGAUGAGCUGUUGCAUUUCUCUGCUAUUCCCUGCCAGCAACACACAAUCCAACAAGAUGUCCUGGUGACCCCUUCUCUAUAUGAUGGUGACCUAGCCAACAAGCCAGAUUGUAGCCGGCGGAGAAAGUCCUCAGUCAUGACUUUUGGUGACAUCAAUGAACUUUCUAAUGAUCACUAUAAGAAGAAGAAGAUCAUACAUAGAAACGUCGAAAGACAAAGGAGGCAAGAAAUGGCUACCCUUUACAGGUCUCUAAGAUCACGAGUCCCUCCCGAGUAUCUAAAGGGAAAGCGCGCAAGGUCUAUAUCUGAUCAUAUGCAUGAGACUGUGAAUUAUAUAAAACAUCUGCAGAAGAGAAUCGAAGAGUUGAAUGACAAGAGAGAUGAGCUUAGAAGAUUGCCCAAUCCAGCAGAGAAUCUAAAUGUUGCAUCAGAAUGUUCACAAAGUGCUCGUCCCCAAGAUAGUGUAGAAGUUAAUACUUGUAGGGCAGGGAUGGAGGUUGUUGUAUGCACUGCCUUGAGAAAAGGGCUACCUCUUUCCGAAGUGCUUGACGUUCUAAUCCAAGAAGGGCUGACUGUUGUUAGCUGCAUUUCUACUAAAGUAAAUGAAAGAUUACUCCACACAGUUGAAUCUGAGGUGAAUGAUGGGAGAAGCAUCGAUCCAUCUGAGCUGCAACAGAAGUUGACCGACUUAAUCAUCCGGACUUCAAGUUAGAUCCCCUUUUUAAUUUUUGUUUCUCUGAUGUUUUUGUUUUCAAACUAGAAUGGGGCUUUGAGUUGGAUUUUGAAGUGUGAACUUGUGGUGCUUGUGGGGACUACUUUCUACUCUUGGGAAGCUUGUUGUCUAUAUUUGUGUAAGUCUUCCUUACUUGCAUUCCAGAUAGUAAUUAAGAUAGUGUAGUGACUGUUCUUGUACAUGGGAAAAUUAUUUCAUGUUAGGAUUAUUGACUGAGACAAGAUGCAUUAAUUCUGUCUUUCAUGUGUUUUUCUAUUUCUCCAGUGUUAUGUCUGUUUGAUUUAACUUCAACAUAGUACAGCUGUAGACUCUUUUAGUUAAAACAUAUAUUCCAUUAAAAUUUUGAUUUGGCUCUAUCUUAUUAUCCUUAUUCCUUAAUGCUGUACAGAUAGGAGCUAUUGAUAUUUAAUUUGCUCACCUUCUGUUCAUGUAAUAUAAAUCAUAUUGAACUUUUUUUUUGGCAGUUAACUGAGUAAACUAUUUCAACAGCUACAAAUUUUAUUUCA